GAUAUAUUCAAACAACCAUGGCGGAGUACUGGAAAUCAGCACCCAAAUUUUGGUGCAAACAGUGCAAGAUCUAUAUCCGCGACACCUCAUUCGAGAAAUCCCAACACGAAGCCAGCGCAAAACAUCAAUCCAGCCUAAAACGCUUCCUCCGCGACAUUCACCGCGACAACGAGCGCGAACAACGUGAUUCACAAAGAGCAAAGAAUGAAGUCGAACGAUUAAAACAAACCGUCUCCGGCAAUGCGCCGCCUGGGAAACGGACCACCGCGCCUCCUCCACCGCCACCAACGCACGAACGACCGGGUUCGUUGGAUGAAAGGAAGAAGCAGAUGGCGCAGUUGGUGGAAAUGGGCGUUGCGAUUCCGGAAGAGUAUAGACGGGAUAUGGCGCUGGCGGGUGAUUGGCAGACUACUUCUGUAAAGGUGAUUCGGGAUGAUAAUGAGAAAGGGAACCCGGCGUCGAAAUCAAUCGGGGUGCGCAAGCGCAAGGCUGAGGGAGAUGCAGAUGAGGAAGAAGAACAGGAGGAACCUGAACAAUUUAUUAGUAAGGGAUGGGGAUCGACGAUGCGGAAAUAUCCCGGUGGUCAGGGUGAGAAUGAAGAUUUGGAUGCGCUUCUUGCGUCUACAAAGAAUGUUAAGAAGGUUAGGCCUUCCGAGGAGGAUGAGGGGCCAGAGGAGGGUGUGAAGAAGGAAGCAGCUGAUGAUGCCCUGACAAAGAGUGAGGGUGAUGAGGCUGCUGCUGUUGCGGCGGCGCCGGAGUCUGAGCAAGCUCCUAUCAAACAAGAAGAGCCGUCUGAUACCACUUCGACUGCUACACCGGUCAAGAAUGAGACUGAAGAGCCAAAACCGACCGGAGGAGUGGUAUUUAAGAAGCGCAAACCGAAGGCCAUGCGGAAGUAAUAGUUGUAAUGGAUUCGUCUCACCAGCAUCAAUCGUGAAUAUCUAUACCAGUACCAGGGUGGUACGACCACGGAAACCGUGAUGGGUCUCUAUCUUCAGUUCAUGACUGAUCGAGUGUACGGGGCAAGCCUAAGCUCAGGCAUGUACACGACUCAUGACUACUUCUAAUUCCUAUCGAGGCACUGGGGUAUUUUCAGAGCUCUAUGAUUUAACUGAAGUAAACAGCGUACUGGUGCUACUCAUGAGCAAUGCUUAGGAACUUAUACUUAGAAGAUCAAUAGGCAGUGUCAGGUGUAUGGUCUUUUAUAUAGUUGAGAUGUGCUGUGACAGAAGAGAUAUAUUGUUGUCCACAGUACGGAGUAUACAAUUGAUAGAAUUUAAUAUUUUCAGAAG